AGGUUGUCGACGGUGCUUCGAAUGUGCCGUGAAUGUGCCGUGAAUGUGCUGUGAAUGUGCUAAUCAUCUGUUGUUCGUGUCCAGCGGCCUGCCCAGUUCCUGCCCAGCUGCGGAUUGUUUCUAAGGUUUCGCAAACCGUUUUGCGUGGCAAUUUUUUACAGUUUACUCAGGCCGCUCUGAUCAACGAAUUCUUAAACCGUUCUUCCGGACAAUUGAAAGCUUUUGCUUUCUCUUAUCACUCGUUUGGUAAAUGGUUGGAAGGAUUUAAACAUGCAAGAACAAUCAUCUUCUCGGGAAUUGUGGCCACGAACCAAAACCAUCAAUCGGCACAUUAGUUGUCGCUUGCACAACAAGUAUUAUCGUAAUAAUUCAAGCAUAAUGUAUUACAUUACAUAUUACAUUAAAAUAAAAAAGUCAAUUGA